UAUCUUUUUCCUUCUUCUUUCUUUCCAUCCGUUGCACGAUUUUCAAAUUUGCCAUACUCUGUAAUUUCCCCAUUUCUUUCUUUGUUUAGCCAAGAAAACAAGCAUGGGUGGAUGUUUGAGCAAGAAGAGCACUUGUUCUUCUUGUACAACCCCAUUUCCUAAUCCAAAUCCACUCCACCAGCAAAUUAAACCCCAGCCCCACGUCGAAAAUAAGAAAUCCGAAGAAGAAACUGUGAAAAAAGAAGUAUUCAUCAUCAAACAUCGAAAGAGCCAUGACAUCGAUAGACUGUUGUCCGAAGAGGAGAAGGAUGAUGUGAAGCAAAAGGCUGCGCCAGAAAUCGUGGUCGAGUCGGGGAAAAUUGGUUCUGCUGAUAAGAAGAAUAGCUGUAAUAAUAAUGCUAGUAAUAACGGUGGGAUAUUCGUUGCCGCUGCGCCUGUGAGAACGUCUAGUUGUACUAAAGAAGAAGUGGAUGCUAUUCUGAUACAAUGUGGAAGGCUUAGUCGAAGCUCUUCCACUGGAAAGACAGCAAAUCUUUCGGGUCCAUGUGGAUCUGGUGAUAAUAAUAAUGGGGACAAUCCUGCUCCUUCCCAAAGGGGAAGGAAGUAUUCGGGCUCGAAAAGGAGUUACGAUUUUGACAAUGAUAAUGGUAGUGAUGGUAAGGAUAAUGUUGCUGCUGCUGAUAAGGAUGAUGAUGAUGACAUUGGGGUGGUUGGAGAGAGGUCCCACCGCCAUAGACAGCGACAGAGGCAGUCUAGGACUGUGGGGUCACCGUCUAAGGGAAGGAGGAGGACUCCGAGUAGGGAAAGAGAACAGCAGCAGAGGUCGGGUAGCAGAGAACGGGGUAGUAGUAGCAAUGGAAGUGGAAGAAGGGUGAGUAGGUCUCCUGGUAGGAGGUCUGAAUCACCUGCUAUUACUACUGCCUCUACUAGCGUCAAUUCGUCACAGGGAAAUAGUAAUGGUGGUAAUGGUAAUAGGCCUGGAAAGAUGGUCUCUGUUCCUGCUACUGUUUCAUCUUUGGUUAUGGACAAGAGUAAUAGUGCUGGUGGAGGAAAUGAGACUGUUUCAGCCUCUGCUGUUAAGAGGAUUCAGGUGAAGAGAAAUGCUGGGGGUGCUGGUGAUGCUGCUGUGGGUGCAAGGACUGCUGCUUCACCUCGCGCUCGCUCUCCUGCAAGGGGGAAUGUUAAAGUUUUGAAUGAGAGCCAGAAUCAGAACCAGCAACAACCGAUGUCGCUCAGUCGAAGCAAUUCCAGGAAGGCAGAACAUUCUCCAUACAGGAGAAAUCCCUUGAGUGAGAUUGACACAAAUGUGGUUACUGAAAAUAUGUCUUUGCCUGGUAGCAAGGCCCCUAACAGUACCAACACCCAGAAGCCAAAUUCUGAUUACACAGCGAACAACAAAGUUGCAGUCCAAGGUGCUGAGAACAAAAUUAGCAGCAGUAAAGGUAUUGCAGACCACAGUGCGACCAAUCUGAACUUAAAAAAUAAGGAGCAGCAGCAUCUGAUAUCUGAAGUGGCCAAGGCUCCGCAAGCAAUCACCUCCAAUGUUGCAGUGAACACGGUUGCAUCAGGCCCUGAGUGCCUCAAACCCCAGGGAGUAACCAGAAGCAGGUCUUCUAGGCUAUCCCGUGACUUUGAUAUUAAUCCUGAAACAUUGUCAAAUCCUUCACCAUCCUAUACAGCAUUGUUGCUGGAAGACAUACAAAACUUUCACCAAAAGAGCAGCACCCCUGCAAUUUCCCUCCCACCUUGCCUCUCCAAAGCCUGCUCUAUACUUGAAGCAGUUGCCGACCUGAAUUCCAGCACCAGCUCAAAUUUGUCGAGUGCCUUCUCAGAGGACAAGAGACGGGCUCCCACAGUUGAGCAAUUCAACAAGCUUUACGACAACGCUUCUUUCGGAGCUCAUAAUCCCGCUGGUAUGAAGGGUUUAGAUACCAAUGCUCCUUUUGUGCAAUCUGAGGUGGCCGUCACUGAUGAUCUAAUGCAACCAACUUUUCACAAGUAUGUCACCGUCAGUAGGGGUGGCACUGUAGGAGGGGAAGAUAUGGAAGAGCAAGAAUCUUCUGGAAGCAACAGCUUUGUAGGUGGCCAACAGUACUGGGUUUCCCCUUCCUCUUGGGAACCUAAUUCAGCUGAUUCAACUGAAUGCUGGACCUCUUCAAGGUCUAAUAUCAGGGACGACAGCGUAAGCCCCGUGGGAUUUCAGAGACAUGCCAUAUCCAAGUCUGGUCAUGACGCUGAAGAACCUAGAAGAAGAUUGAAUGGAAAGAAGAGCGAUUCUGAUCAACAGCAAAAUGGGAUAGGAAGGGGUCGAAUUGGAUCGAGAGGACCCCAGUCCGUACCCGCAGUCACUACUGCUGCUUCAACCUAGACUCAUUGGUCUAUUUAGAUGUCAAAUGUAGUUACAGAAUGAUUAAAUUCUUGUUGCAAACUUGCAACUUUCCUUGUACUGUACUUGUUCAGAAAAUUGUUUGCUUGGAACCAGUUCUUUUGUUUCCAAAAGCUUUGAUCGAAA